AAGCUUUUGAGUGUUAUCUUCUGCCAUUUUUCUGUUCCGUUCCGUUUUCAUGGAGGAUGGAAGGAGAGGAGAAGAAGAAGAUCCUCGACAUCCACAGUGGUGUCUCUUCAACGCGUACUUAUCUUGCGACGCGUGUCGAUUUCCCCUUCCAAUUUCGUCUAUAAAUCCGGAGCUCCCGCUACGAGCGGUGAGCACCGCACCAGUUGAGAGAUCGAGAGAUUCAGAAAGCGGGAACAUCUUUCUUUUCUCUUCCUCCAUUUUUUUCUAUUUUUGCGCCUUCUUCUUCCAUCUUCCUUCUUGGAUUUUGUUUUUUUCGUCUCUGUUUGGGAAAAAUGUUCAUCGAUAGCUUCAAGGUCGAAUCCCCCAACGUUAAGUACACCGAUCAUGAGAUUCAUUCCGUCUACAAUUACGAAACUACAGAGCUCCUUCACGAGAACAGAAAUGGAACCUAUCAAUGGAUUGUCAAGCCCAAAUCCGUUCAAUAUCAAUUCAAGACUGACAUUCGUGUCCCCAAAUUAGGGAUGAUGCUCGUUGGAUGGGGAGGAAACAAUGGAUGUACUCUCACUGGAGGCAUCAUAGCCAAUCGGGAAGGGAUCUCUUGGGCAACCAAGGAUAAAGUUCAGCAAGCCAAUUAUUUUGGGUCGUUAACCCAAGCAUCCUCCAUCCGGGUUGGCUCUAUUGAUGGCGAGGAGAUCUAUGCUCCAUUUAAGAGCCUCCUACCCAUGGUCAAUCCUGAUGAUAUUGUGUUUGGAGGGUGGGACAUAAGUGACAUGAACUUGGCCGAUGCCAUGGCCAGAGCAAGGGUCCUUGAUAUUGAUCUGCAAAAGCAGCUGAGACCCUACAUGGAAUCCAUGGUCCCACUUCCUGGAAUCUUCAAUCCCGAUUUUGUUGCUGCGAAUCAGGGCUCUCGAGCCAAUAACGUUAUCAAAGGCACCAAGAAAGAACAACUCCAGCAAGUCAUUAAAGAUAUCCGGGAAUUUAAGGAAAAGAGUAAGGUGGACAAAGUUGUAGUGCUGUGGACUGCCAACACAGAGAGAUACAGUAAUGUGCUUGUGGGGCUCAAUGACACAAUGGAAAAUCUUCUGGCUUCUGUGGACAAAAAUGAGUCGGAGAUCUCUCCUUCCACACUGUAUGCAAUUGCUUGUGUUCUUGAAAAUGUCCCUUUCAUCAAUGGUAGCCCACAGAACACUUUUGUCCCAGGGUUGAUUGACUUAGCCAUUCAUAGAAAUAGUUUGAUUGGAGGGGAUGAUUUUAAGAGUGGUCAGACCAAGAUGAAAUCUGUGCUUGUAGACUUUCUUGUUGGUGCUGGUAUUAAGCCAACAUCAAUAGUGAGCUACAACCAUCUAGGAAACAACGAUGGAAUGAACCUGUCGGCCCCUCAAACCUUCAGAUCCAAGGAGAUAUCAAAGAGUAACGUUGUCGAUGACAUGGUCUCGAGCAAUGGCAUUCUUUAUGAGCCAGGCGAGCAUCCUGACCAUGUGGUGGUCAUUAAGUAUGUUCCAUACGUGGGGGACAGUAAGAGGGCGAUGGAUGAGUACACUUCAGAGAUAUUCAUGGGUGGAAAAAGCACCAUAGUGUUGCACAACACCUGCGAGGACUCUCUGUUAGCCGCUCCGAUCAUACUCGAUUUGGUUCUUCUUGCUGAACUCAGCACUCGCAUUCAAAUCAAGGCUGAAGGAGAGGGAAAGUUUCACUCUUUCCAUCCAGUGGCCACCAUCCUCAGUUACCUUACAAAAGCUCCUCUUGUACCACCAGGCACGCCUGUGGUGAACGCUCUUUCGAAGCAGCGCGCCAUGCUGGAGAAUAUAAUGAGAGCUUGUGUUGGGUUGGCACCUGAGAACAACAUGAUUUUGGAAUACAAGUGAAGCCUGAAAGAGUCCUGAGUUUAAUAGGAAAUUGGUUAUCUUUUCUAUAAGCUUGUGAAAAUAUGCAAUUAGUUUCUGUUUGGUCCUUUCUCCUCUUUUUUGGUUUGUAUGUCCUCUUUUUAUUUUCGGCUUGGGGAAGUUGUUUAUUAGUGGGCAAGCCAUGUCUGUAAUGGAGCUAUACAUAUUCUAAAAAUAAACUAGCGUUCUUCAAUGUAA